AAACCUGUUGCCUCUAGCCAGGCAUUCGUGCUACGUGGGCUGUCGAAAGGUUGACACCCCACUUUGAUAUUUAUCUUUGCUCAUAUGAGCUUGUAGCCUACUGGACCCGCACUGCGAGCUUUGGUUUUAAGGAACAGCCAGCAAGCCGACAAAAAACAACAACGACAUCGCACCCCACUGAGAGGACGGUAGCAUGAUAGUCGUGGAGGGGAAUCGGCGGAAGACGGCCCGUGUCUGUAUUUUACUUCGCCUGCACCGAAUCCAUUGAGUCGGUAACCACCAGUGUCCGACAUGGGGAAGGAGGUAAACGGUGUUUCGCGGAGUCGGUUUGAGAUGUUCACAAAUAGUGAUGAGGCGGUCAUCAAUAAGAAGCUGCCCAAGGAGCUGUUAUUACGAAUCUUCUCCUUUCUGGAUGUGGUGACACUCUGUCGCUGUGCCCAGGUCUCACGGUCCUGGAACGUUCUGGCCUUGGAUGGCAGCAACUGGCAACGCAUCGACCUCUUCGACUUUCAGAGGGACAUUGAGGGCCGGGUGGUGGAGAACAUCUCGAAGCGAUGUGGGGGGUUCCUCAGGAAGCUGAGCCUGCGGGGGUGUCUGGGUGUGGGUGACAGCGCCCUGAGGACUUUCUCGCAGAACUGCAGGAACAUCGAGCUGCUUAGUCUGAACGGCUGCACCAAAAUCACUGACAGCACGUGUAAUAGCCUCAGUAAGUUCUGUCCAAAGCUGAAGCACCUGGACCUCGCCUCCUGUACCUCAAUCACCAACCUGUCACUCAAAGCUCUCAGUGAGGGCUGUCCCCUGCUGGAGCAGCUCAACAUCUCCUGGUGUGAUCAGGUCACCAAGGACGGCAUCCAGGCCCUGGUGCGCUGCUGUCCCGGGCUCAAAGGCCUUUUCCUCAAGGGAUGCACACAGUUAGAGGACGAGGCUCUGAAGCACAUCGGGGCUCACUGUCCGGAGCUGGUCACACUCAACCUGCAGACAUGUUCACAGAUCACAGAUGAGGGCCUCAUCACAAUCUGCAGGGGCUGUCACCGCCUGCAGUCUCUGUGUGUGUCGGGCUGCGCCAACAUCACAGACGCCAUCCUGCACGCCCUGGGACAGAACUGCCCUCGCCUCAGAAUACUAGAAGUGGCUCGCUGCUCUCAGCUUACAGACGUGGGCUUCACUACAUUAGCAAGGAAUUGUCAUGAGCUUGAGAAAAUGGAUUUAGAAGAAUGUGUGCAGAUCACAGAUGGAACACUCAUCCAGCUGUCUAUCUACUGUCCUCGUUUGCAAGUCCUGAGCCUGUCUCACUGCGAGCUGAUCACGGAUGACGGCAUCAGACACCUGGGCAGCGGCCCCUGCGCUCACGACCGCUUGGAGGUGAUCGAGCUUGACAACUGCCCCCUCAUCACAGACGCCUCGCUGGAGCACCUGAAGAGCUGCCACAGUCUGGACCGCAUCGAGCUCUACGACUGCCAGCAGAUCACCCGCGCAGGCAUCAAGAGACUAAGGACCCAUCUGCCUAACAUCAAAGUGCAUGCAUACUUUGCCCCCGUCACUCCGCCCCCCUCCGUCGGGGGCAGCCGUCAGAGGUUUUGCCGCUGUUGCGUCCUGCUAUGAUGUAAAGACAACAUCCCCCCCCCCCCCCCCUUCCCUCUCCCUCGAACACGGUCCCCGCAGCUCGUCACUUGACCCCUGACCUGCUGUCCUCCUCCUGGCAUCCCGUCAUAGAGUACGUGCUGGUGUGCCCCCCCCUGCCCCACCACCCUUUUGAGCUGCAGAGAGAGGGAGAGAGCCAAAACACUCUACAAGAUCUUGGGUAACUUUCCCCCAAAAAACAUUCCCCAGUCUCUCCUCAAACACAAACACAGUUCAUGCACAGCUGACUCUCCGAUGUGCACACACACAUUUAAACACACCGAUUUACUCUUUGAAGAAUGUCACAACAUUCCUGGUCUGUGAUCAGUGGACAAACCACUAUUACAAAGAGGGUUAUGUAAAAUACAAUGCGGUCCCUACUGUUCAAGGGUUUUAACUCUCAAUCAUAUAAAGUAAAUAAUAAUAUUCAAAUCCAAAAACCGUUGUUCUGUAUUUGAGAAGAGUGAUACUACUUAUGUAGCACUUUGAGACAGAUCAUAGCCUUUAAACAGAAAAUUGAAAAAGCCCUCUUAACCUCUCACAAAUACUUCCCUCAGUGUUAACAGCUACCUCUAGACGGGAACUGCACUUGAGUAGAUCCCGUGUUAGCUUUGUUCAGCAGUUUAUGUCGAAAAGAGCAACGAUGCAGCUAGUAAACUGCCGACACCUCCAACACACACAUAGAAAGCAGCAGAAAGCCUAUUUUUGUGAUUUAAAAAAAUAAUAAUACUUGCAGCUAUUUGCACUUACAGUAAAGCAAGGAUGAGACACUUUAAAAAGAUGACCAUCUCAGAAUCUAAGACUGUCAUUUUACUAACAACACACACAACUACAAAUCUCCAUGCACACACUGAGCUUGCUACACCCGUACCCUCGCCUCUCUCUGUCUCUCUGUUACAAUCAGAUGCUUCAAUAUACUGAAGAGGAAAAAAGACAAAGUUUAAUAUUUUUCUAAAAAUGGACCCCAAUUAAGACUCACAAGUUGGGUCUCGAAAAGAUGCCAAAUGUUGCAUGUAACACCUCUAGUUUUUUAAAAUCGAAUUGUAAAUAUAUUUGGACUGCGGAGUCCGAGAGUCAAAGCCAGCUAAACGACAGAUGAUGUUAUGAGAUCAAGGCAGAGGUUUCUGUCAGUGGGUCUUUCCGAGGGAACUAUGGCGACGCUCACACAUGCUGGGUAAAGUGUCUUCGAAAUAUGUGCUGGCGCUUAAUGGACCAUCAAAAUGAGCCGUCACUUAAUCUGGAGUUUGACAGAAGAAGAACUGACUGUGACUGGACUCUGAAAGGUUCUGUCAACAGCAGAAAAAGACGCUCUUUUGACUGGAGAAAAAAAAAAAGUCUGACAUUCAUGUUGUCGGACGAGAAGAAUGGAAAGAAAAAGCCAACUGAAAACAAUCCAAGUACGUUUAUUUUCAGUAAGUUUGAUUUCGUUUAGUUGAUCUUGUUUUUGCAUCGGUGCCGUUUCUGAUGACGAGGAAGUGGUGUGCAGCGGUGACGGGAUGCAUCGGUGACUUUUCGACUCCCAUGAGGACUUGCAGCGUGUGACACCCUGCCAGCUGUGACGCUGCCCGAUGUAUAGACCAGAUCAGUCACUGAAGGAGGAAGUCAACUGAAUCUUGAGCGCACAAUUCUGGCCUACUGACGGAUAUGAUGGAAUGAUUUUUGUCUCAUCGGAGGGCGAUAAUGGACUUCGGAGCCACGCCCUAUGAAGUAUUGAAGCCUUUUUCUUAUGGAUUAUCUUCUCCUGCACUUGCACCUGCUUUAUUCUGUCUCAUUUUCUUCCAAUUUUCUUUUUAUAAAUGUGUCCUUUACUGCUUUUCUUUCUGAUUUCCUCUGGAUCUCUCCCAUUUUUUUUUUUCUCUUCUUUCGCAUUUCUGUUUUGGUGUGGUUUGGAUUGCGCCUGCUUUGUGUUUGAAGUCAUGAGUUCAGUGUCUCCAAGUUGAGUUUGAGCCCUUUUCCAGUCCUCAGUUUUGAUCUGAUGGUGUUUGUGUUUUUAUUCAGAGUUUAUUGUUACUAAAUGUCCAGAGUGUAGCCUUUGUCUAGGGGAAGUGUUGGAGCCAGUGCAAUUGUAAUAAAUGUUCAAAUCUGAGUUGGAUUUUUUUAAAUGUGAGUUGAGAAGGGGUUCACGAUGACAUAUGUAUGAUGUAGGUUCUUCUUAUUGAAUGUUUCCAUCAAGGGGAAGUCGUCAGGACGGCUGUUCAGGCAUAGUUUGCCACAUUAGCAGAAUCUGAUUUUUCUCCCAUAUGCACGCUGAACUUCAUUUUAUGCCUUGCCCUCUCAAAAUGCACCCUGCCCAAAAACUAAAUCUAUAAUUCACUUUGAGAUCUGACGGCUUCAGCAGGCGGAAUAAUACAAACUGCGAUGAUUCAGUGUAAUCCAGUCUGAUCUGUUUUGUUUGAAUGGGGGUUUACGGGAGAUUAGGGAACAAUUUAGAGUCAAGAUGACGGAUAUAUGUAAUGUAUUCUGUCACUUGCCUUUGGGGUUAAGGAGGUUAACUGGAGGAAAAAGGAGAGGUUUGCAGGAUUAAAGACUGUGAGCCUGGUUGUUAAAACCCUUAGCGUGCACUGUUUGUUGCAGUGCUCCUUACACUAGUGCUCAAACAAGUCCGACACAUUGAAGGGAUUACAGGUCAUCUUUGACCUGCUCCGGAUGGUUUUAUAUGAACAAAAGAAAUGUUAUCAGUCUUUUUAUGGUACAGUAUACACUACAGGCUCUACAAAGCAAACUUAUUUUUCCUCACAGUAUCAAACACCGCUUCGUCCUUCUGUCAGACCUUCCACCUGUUCAUUCGGAGGUCGAGAUUCUGCGCUCUGGAUGCGUUUGUUUUGUGUCCCAAACACUGGAGUGAGGACAGAGGGCAAGAGAUGAAUCCAAGGUGUGUGUUCAUGCGAAAUUGACACCUGAGAAAAUUCAAAAACAAUUUUGACAAUGACUGUAGCUCAUAUAAUUACUGUAAAUCUUUUCCUUUUUUUUCUUUCUUUUUUUAUUAACCGAUAUAAAUGAAUAUGUACGUAUGAAUAAAUAUAUACCUAUAUUAUUAA